ACGUGUGUCGCACACACGUUGCCUGUGCGUCAGAGGCUAGCGCCACCGAUGCUUGGCAGGUUGUCCAGGUAACCGCGGGAGUUGUCUCGGUCAACGAGCAUCCGAGACCGGUGUGCGUCAUGCAGUUGAAGCACCUGAGGACCCUGCUGAGCCCUCAGGAUGGAGCUGCCAAGGUGACAUGCAUGGCCUGGUCCCAGAACAACGCUAAAUUUGCUGUCUGCACAGUGGACCGAGUGGUACUGCUGUAUGAUGAACAUGGGGAGCGGAGAGACAAGUUUUCCACCAAACCAGCUGACAUGAAGUACGGCAGGAAGAGCUACAUGGUGAAGGGCAUGGCGUUCUCUCCUGAUUCCACAAAAAUUGCCAUAGGACAGACUGACAACAUCAUCUAUGUCUACAAGAUUGGAGAAGAUUGGGGAGACAAGAAGGUCAUCUGCAACAAGUUCAUCCAGACGAGUGCUGUCACUUGUCUGCAGUGGCCUGCGGAGUACAUCAUUGUCUUUGGACUGGCUGAGGGCAAGGUUCGCUUAGCAAACACUAAAACUAACAAGUCAUCUACUAUCUAUGGGACAGACUCUUACGUGGUAGCACUGACAACCAACUGCUCUGGGAAAGGAAUACUCUCAGGCCACGCAGACGGCACCAUCGUCAGAUAUUUCUUCGAUGAUGACGGCUCUGGAGAGUCACAGGGGAAGUUGGUUAACCAUCCAUGCCCACCCUAUGCCUUGGCCUGGGCCACCAACAGCAUUGUGGCUGCCGGCUGUGAUCGGAGGAUUGUGGCCUAUGGAAAGGAAGGCCAUGUGCUACAGACUUUCGACUAUAGCCGUGACCCUCAGGAGCGGGAGUUCACCACAGCUGCUGCAAGUCCUGGAGGCCAGUCUGUGGUGCUGGGAAGUUAUGACAGACUUCGGGUGUUCAACUGGAGUCCUCGAAGAAGCAUUUGGGAAGAGGCGAAGCCCAAGGAGAUUGCCAACUUAUACACAGUCACCGCCUUGGCCUGGAAGCGGGAUGGCUCACGACUCUGUGCGGGAACACUCUGUGGUGGGGUGGAGCAGUUUGACUGCUGCCUCCGAAGGAGCAUUUACAAGAACAAGUUCGAGCUGACCUAUGUGGGCCCUAGCCAGGUGAUUGUGAAGAACCUGUCUUCGGGGACCAGGGUGGUGCUCAAGUCACACUACGGCUAUGAAGUAGAAGAGGUGAAAAUCCUGGGAAAGGAGCGUUACUUGGUGGCUCACACAUCAGACACGCUGCUACUGGGAGACCUGAACACGAAUCGCCUCAGUGAGAUAGCCUGGCAGGGAUCUGGUGGCAAUGAGAAAUAUUUCUUUGAAAAUGAGAACGUAUGCAUGAUCUUCAAUGCUGGAGAGCUGACCCUGGUGGAAUAUGGAAGUAACGACUCGUUGGGUUCUGUGCGCACCGAGUUCAUGAACCCUCACCUCAUCAGCGUCCGUAUCAAUGAGCGCUGCCAGCGAGGAAUGGAAGACAAUAAGAAAUUGGCUUAUCUUGUUGACAUUAAGACAAUUGCUAUAGUGGACCUGAUUGGUGGCUACAACAUUGGUACUAUCAGUCAUGAAAGCCGUGUGGAUUGGCUGGAACUUAACGAGACUGGACACAAGCUUCUCUUCAGAGACCGGAAACUUCGUCUGCAUCUGUACGAUAUCGAAAGCUGCUCUAAGACAAUGAUCCUCAACUUCUGCUCCUACGUGCAGUGGGUUCCUGGGAGUGAUGUGCUGGUCGCUCAGAACCGGAACAGCUUAUGUGUAUGGUACAAUAUCGAGGCCCCUGAGAGAGUCACCAUGUCCUCUAUCAGGGGUGAUGUUGUCGGUCUGGAACGAGGUGGUGGGAAGACAGAGGUCAUGGUGACAGAAGGCGUGACUACAGUGGCCUACACCCUGGACGAGGGCCUGAUUGAGUUUGGAACAGCCAUCGAUGAUGGCAACUACACCCGAGCUACAGCCUUCUUGGAGACCCUGGAGAUGACCCCGGAGACAGAGGCAAUGUGGAAAACCUUGAGCAAACUGGCCCUGGAGGCAAGGCAGCUUCACACUGCUGAGAGGUGCUUCUCUGCUUUGGGCCAUGUGGCCAAAGCUCGGUUCCUGCAUGAGACCAAUGAGAUUGCAGACCAGGUGUCCAGGGAAUAUGGUGGAGAAGGAACGGACUUCUAUCAGGUCCGAGCUCGGCUCGCCAUGCUGGAGAAGAACUACAAACUGGCUGAAAUGAUCUUCUUGGAACAGAAUGCUGUUGAGGAGGCCAUGGACAUGUACCAGGAGCUGCACCGCUGGGAUGAAUGCAUUGCUGUGGCCGAGGCCAAGGGACACCCAGCCCUGGAGAAGCUCCGCAGAGAUUACUAUCAGUGGCUGAUGGACACACAGCAAGAGGAGCGCGCAGGUGAACUUCAGGAGAGUCAAGGGGAUGGACUGGCAGCCAUCAGCCUCUACCUCAAAGCUGGGCUCCCUGCCAAAGCUGCGCGGCUGGUGCUGACCCGAGAGGAGCUGCUGGCCAACACGGAGCUGGUAGAGCAUAUCACCACAGCCCUCAUCAAGGGAGAGCUCUAUGAGAGGGUAUGCCGGCUGACUUCUCCUGGCUCUGGCCUCCAGGACCUGAACCCCUCUCCCACCCAAAGGAAGCAUGGGGCAGGUGAUCUCUUUGAGAAGAUUCGAAAUCCACAGCGGGCCCUUGAGUGCUACUGUAAAGGCAAUGCGUUCAUGAAAGCGGUUGAGCUGGCUCGACUGGCCUUCCCAGUGGAGGUGGUGAGGCUAGAGGAGGCCUGGGGGGACCACUUGGUACAGCAAAAGCAGCUGGAUGCGGCCAUCAACCACUAUAUUGAAGCCAGGUGUUCCAUUAAAGCAAUUGAGGCUGCCCUGGGUGCCCGCCAGUGGAAGAAGGCCAUCUAUAUAUUAGAUCUCCAGGAUCGAAACACUGCAUCUAAAUACUAUCCACGUGUGGCCCAACACUAUGCAUCUCUGCAGGAGUAUGAGAUUGCUGAGGAGCUCUACACCAAAGGAGACCGGACCAAAGAUGCUAUAGACAUGUAUACCCAGGCUGGCCGCUGGGAGCAAGCCCACAAGCUGGCCAUGAAAUGCAUGCGACCGGAAGACGUGUCGGUGCUCUACAUCACACAGGCCCAGGAAAUGGAGAAGCAGGGCAAGUACCGAGAGGCCGAGAGGCUCUAUGUGACAGUGGAGGAGCCUGAUCUUGCCAUCACCAUGUUCAAAAAGCACAAGUUGUAUGACGACAUGAUUCGCCUGGUGGGGAAGCACCAUCCGGACCUCCUCAGCGACACACACCUUCACCUGGGCAAGGAGCUGGAGGCAGAAGGCCGGCUGCAAGAGGCUGAGUACCACUACCUCGAGGCCCAGGAAUGGAAGGCGACUGUGAACAUGUACCGGUCCAGCGGGCUUUGGGAGGAGGCCUACCGGGUGGCCAAAGCCCACGGAGGAGCCAAUGCCCACAAGCACGUGGCUUAUCUGUGGGCGAAGAGCCUAGGAGGAGAGGCCGCAGUUAGACUCCUUAACAAGCUGGGACUUCUAGAGGCCGCCAUUGACCAUGCUGCUGACAACUGCUGCUUUGAGUUUGCCUUUGAACUGUCUCGGCUAGCCCUCAAGCACAAAACCCCGGAGAUUCAUCUCAGAUACGCCAUGUACCUGGAAGACGAGGGCAAAUUUGAAGAGGCUGAAGCUGAAUUCAUCCGGGCUGGUAAACCCAAAGAGGCGGUCCUCAUGUUUGUCCACAACCAGGAUUGGGAGGCAGCUCAACGUGUGGCUGAGGCCCACGACCCUGACAGUGUGGCUGAGGUACUCGUAGGUCAAGCCCGUGGGGCCUUGGAGGAAAAGGACUUUCAAAAGGCAGAAGGGUUACUGCUUCGGGCCCAGAGGCCAGGCCUGGCUCUCAAUUAUUAUAAGGAGGCUGGACUCUGGAGCGAUGCUCUGAGGAUCUGCAAGGACUAUGUGCCCGGCCAGCUAGAGGCCCUACAGGAAGAGUAUGAGCGAGAAGCCACCAAGAAGGGGGGCAGGGGGGUGGAGGGGCUUGUAGAGCAGGCACGGCAGUGGGAGCAGGCUGGGGAGUACAGCCGUGCUGUGGACUGCUACCUCAAAGUUCGUGACUCGGGAAGCAGCGGCCUGACGGAGAAGUGCUGGAUGAAGGCGGCUGAACUGUCCAUCAAGUUCCUGCCUCCCCAGCGCAGUCUGGAAGUCGUCAGGGUUGUAGGACCCCAGCUGAUCGGAAUUGGAAAGCACAGUGCUGCUGCAGAGCUCUAUCUGAACCUGGACCUUGUCAAAGAAGCAAUCGAUGCAUUCAUUGAGGGUGAAGAGUGGAACAAGGCCAAGCGUGUGGCCAAAGAGCUAGAUCCCCGGUAUGAAGACUAUGUGGAUCAGCAUUAUAAGGAGUUCCUCAAGAACCAGGGCAAAGUGGACUCGCUGGUGGGUGUGGAUGUGGUAGCUGCCUUGGACCUGUAUGUGGAGCAGGGCCAGUGGGAUAAAUGCAUUGAAACGGCUACCAAGCAGAACUACAAGAUUCUGCAUAAGUAUGUGGCUUUGUAUGCAACUCAUCUGAUCCGAGAAGGUGGCUAUGCCCAGGCACUGGCCCUCUAUGUGCAACACGGAGCCCCUGCCAACCCUCAGAAUUUCAACAUCUACAAAAGGAUCUUCACUGACAUGGUUAGCUCUCCUGGGACCAACAACGCUGAGGCCUACCAUAGCUGGGCUGAUCUUCGGGAUGUCCUCUUCAACCUGUGUGAAAACCUGGUAAAGUCCAGCGAGGCGAACUCUGCAGCUCAUGAGGAGUUUGAGAUGAUGCUGCUGAUUGCUCAUUACUAUGCUACGCGAUCUGCAGCUCAGAGUAUCAAACAGCUGGAAACCGUAGCUGCCAGGCUUUCCGUGUCGCUCUUGCGCCACACCCAGUUACUACCUGCGGACAAGGCCUUUUAUGAAGCUGGCACUGCUGCCAAGGAAGUUGGCUGGGAGAACAUGGCUUUCAUUUUCCUCAAUCGGUUUUUGGAUCUGACUGACGCAAUCGAAGAAGGGACCCUGGAUGCCCUGGACCACUCAGAUUUUCAGGAUACAGACAUUCCCUUUGAAGUGCCACUCCCAGCCAAGCAGCAUGUCCCGGAGGCCCAGAGAGAAGAGGUUCGAGAUUGGGUGCUCACAGUCUCGAUGGACCAAAGGCUGGAGCAGGUUCUGCCCCGGGAUGAGCGUGGUGUCUAUGAGGCUUCCCUGGUAGCAGCGAGCACUGGAGUCCGGGCACUGCCCUGCCUCAUUACAGGUUAUCCCAUUUUGAGAAACAAAAUUGAAUUUAAGCGACCGGGGAAGGCUGCUAACAAAGACAACUGGAACAAGUUCCUUAUGGCCAUCAAGACCUCCCACAGCCCAGUGUGCCAGGAUGUGCUCAAGUUCAUCAGCCAGUGGUGUGGGGGGCUUCCCAGCACCAGCUUCUCCUUUCAGUGACUGGUGCAGCCAAGGAGUUUAGAUCUGUUCCUCAUUAAAGUUCUGUGAGUAGUGGA